UGAACUGGAAAAAGGGCGAAGAACGCUCUUCCCCUUCCUGCGUGGAAAAAGCCAAAGGCUAGGGUUUUAGGGUUUUAGGGUGUGGUAAGGACGUGUGCAGUGCUUCCCGUCACUCUCUGUUCAGCUUUGCCCCCGCCACUGCCCCACAAUCGGAACCCGAUGCCGUUGCGACGUUUCUCGUCGCUCCGGUGAUGGCAUGACGGAAUUCCACUUGGGUUGUUGCCCGAAGCUGAAAUUCAGGUGUCUCGUAUAGACUGUGAACUGGGUUCUGUGUGGUGUGUGUUUGUUUGUGUGCGGGGGUGUGUUUUGAGCUGGAAGAGGAGGAUUGACAUACAGCUGACAGAUAGGUGGGGGAUUGUUGAAUGUGUGUGGGUACGAUGAGAUAAGAAGGGGAAUUGUGGGUAGUUUGGCGGAGGGGAUUUUGGGUUAGAGCAGAGAUUAGGGUGGGGAAGAUGAUGGCCGGGAUGGAGGUCGACGAUGGGUCGACGAGGGUGGGCAGCAAGCGGAAUUACUCCCGCUCGGGGAACGCUGCAGGGUCGGGUGGGGGAGCGGGAGGGCGAUCGCAUGGGCAGCAGGUGUGUCGAUAUUGGCAAGAGGGGAGGUGCGUCAAAGGAGACGACUGUCAGUGGCUGCAUCCCGGUAACGCUGGUUCCACUGGACGCGGGAACUCUGCAGGGAGUGCCAAAAGGUCGAACAAUGCCCAUGAGUAUCGUGACAGGGAGGCGAGGGAUCCUGCUGGAGGCUGGGGCUAUGGAGGAGGAGGAUUUACUAGCGGGAGCAACCAAGGGCGUCCGAGGAAUGUGUCCGCGAGGUGGGGGAGAGGAGGUCGUGGUGGUCGUAGCGGUAGAGGUAGUCAUGAUCAGAGGGACAAUAGGUUUCAAGAGGGUGGCAGGUCGCACACGCCCAAGCAGAAGCCAUGUUCGUAUUGGUUGAAGGGGAACUGCAUGAGGGGAGAUACGUGCAAUUUUCUGCACGCGCACACGACAGCGCCAGAUAUGGAGAUGACUACUGUUCUCAAUGGCCAUGAAAAGGCUGUUAGAGCUAUUGUGCUGCCGGAAGCGCAUGCGCAGCUUUACACUGGGAGUCAAGAUGAGUCUGUACGUGUGUGGGAUUGCACUACUGGGAAAUGUACAAACGUCGCUCCAAUGGGGGGAGAUGUGGGCGCCUUGAUAUUUGCUAAGGGUUGGCUAUUCGUGGGAUUGCCCAAUGAGGUUAAGGUAAUAAAUAUGGCGACAUUACAACAGGCAAAUCUAAGUGGUCCUAAGGGGCAAGUGCACGCGCUUGCUGUGACGGACGACGGACUCCUUUUUGCGGGAACCCACUUUGAGCCAGCGGCAUCUAUGUCCGGCCACACAGGCCCCGUGGUCACACUCAUGCUGAUUGCUAAUCGCCUCUAUUCCGGGUCUAUGGACAGUACAAUACGAGUGUGGGAGUUCGCAACUUUACAAUGUGUACAAGCUCUAGAAGGCCAUACAAAUGUUGUAAUGGAUCUUCUUUGUUGGGACUCCUUUCUACUCUCGUGCUCUUUGGAUGGUACUAUCAAGAUUUGGUCUGUAAAUUCAUCUGGUCAACUUGAGUUGACAUUCUCACAUCCUGAGGAAGAGAACCAAUCAGAUUCCCGCAAUAUUACUUUGGCAGGAGCUUUAAAGAUGUGUGGGUGCACUGACAAAGCUGGAAAGCCUGUUCUACUUUGCUCCUACAAUGACAAUAUUGUUCGGUUGUACGAUCUACCAACGUUUACGGAGCGUGGCCAACUAUUUUCACGAGAAGAAGUGCGUGCUCUUCAAGUAGGUCUAAAUAAUCUUGUGUUCUCAGGAGACAGCCGUGGCGAUGUGAAGGUGUGGAGCUGGAUUGACACCCACCCUGAGGCAGUUGUGAAUUAGUUGCAUUUUUCAUUUAGGAUUGCGGGAAAAAAUCGGAUUUUUGGUGUCUGGAGUACCGCUUAUGCGGUGAGGGAUUAGUCAUUAUACUGUCGAGAGUGGAGUUACAAACCCCAAUUCAAAUGGAUUAACUCCACUAGUUGAGAAUAUUUAUUGAAGUAUGAGGUAGAUUUGAGCUGCUAAGAAGCUCAUCAUUACAUAGAAUAUCAGGUCGACAUGCAUUCAAAGACAUUAUUUAGUGACUUUUGGCUUGGGGGUAUCAUAUAUUGCAUCGAUCUUUCACGGUUGGGUAAUGAGUCACAAAAUUUAAGUUGGUCGACACAGAUAUGCUCAUGCAGCAAACGACGGUUGUAUUGUUAGGUGGUGGACAUUCACGAUGGUUGAAGGUCACCGAGUAUCACAAAUUUGGUAGAUUAGGCUUUGCCCUUGAGAAAUUUGCUCGAAAACCUUACAUUCUGACGGAAAAAAAGUUGAUUGCUAA